CCUGCCCGCCAGGCCUGGGCGAGGGAGACUCUGGGUGCCGGCCGCGGCCUUUGCCGUCACUCGCUACAAGGCGGGCGGAGUUAACCCGGGCACGUCCGCCCGCGUCCCAAGCGUGCACAUCCCGCCGCUCGCGGGGACCGGCCUGUCCCGGGGGCUGGACCCCUCCGACCCGGCUCCGGGAGGACAGGUCUCACCUCCGUUCCCUUUCCUUGUGUCCUGAGUUUACAUUAAAUCAAAAUGUCAUCAUCAUCAAAAGCAUCCUUGUCUUUACCUGUACAUGACUGUACUGCUCCUUCGUUGGACUUUGAUCUUCAGGAAAAGUUUAUUCUUCACACUGUUGAGGGAAAUAAUGUGCCACCUGGAGAAACAGGAAAACUGUGUUCACUGACAUAGCCAGAUAAAAAGGAUUGUCACAGAACUACAAAAGCCAUCCAAAAUGGGAAGUAUUUUACUGAGCUGAGCAAAGAAUCUGACAGUCUAGAACAUCAAGUAAAAUAACACUUACCUAUGUUAAACAGUAAAAACAUUGACACUUGGAUGCAGGAGCUAAUUGAAAGUGAAAUUCAGAAUACUAAUCUCAGGAAAAAAAUACUUGAAAGGGAGAAACAGAUUAAAGAACUUUCAUCCAUGCUCCAGUGUGAAAAAAUCAAGGUACAGAAAGGGGACUACCUGUCAAGAUCAGUAAAGGAAGUACAAGCUCACCUGCAGCGUCAGAUUGAAAGAAAAGAAGCAGAAAAUUAUGAAUUAAAAGUGAAAAUACAGACUCUAGAAAAUAAAAUAGCAGAGUGGAAACAUCAAAUUGUUGAAUACAAAGGCCAGAAGUUAGCCUUAAAGGAAAGAAGUGAGCAAAAGAAGAUAGCUCUGGAAAAAGCAAAAAGGUUCCAGAAACAAAGAGCUCAACACUUAGAAGAAGCUGUGAAAGAUGUAACCUCUAAAAUAAAAGAACAUGAAGCCAAACUGCAUGAGAUACUGUCAGCCGCUGAUGUCUGGAAAAACCAGCACGAUAGAAUAGUUGAAGAAAAGACAAUGCUAGAAGUUAAAAUUGAAGCUCUUGAGAAGCAGAUCAGAGGCCUGAUGGAAGACAUGGAAAAAAGGGAGGAAUGGAGAAGAAACUCAGAAGAGGAAAUUCUUGGAAAGCUAAAUUCUCUUAACUCUGAAAAUGAAAAGAUUUGCCUUGAAAACAAAAAAUUAAAGGCUUCCCUUGCUAUGUUGGAGAAAAGUACAAUGUCUGUUGAAUAUGAGUUGCUACGUAUGCAAGAAAAAGCAAAGCUGCAGGAAAACCUUGUAGAACACCAUAAAUAUGAGGUACAAGAAAAACAAAUUGCAGUGGAAGAAUUGAAAUCCAGAUGUGAAACACUCUUAAAUGAAAACAAAAAAAUAACAGAAAACAAAUGCUUAGAAGAAGAUAAGUUGAGGCACAAAAUGGAGGCCAAGUUAAAGGAGUUAGAACACGUUUGUGACUUGCUGAAAGCAGCUGAGGAAAACCAACAAAAGCUUCUGGCCUGGGAAAGGAUCUGUGCAGAGAAAUGCAAAACCCUCAGGGAGCUGGAGCUUCAGAUGCCUGAAAAUGAAUCUUCCUCUACUCUUUUUUUCUCUGACAUCAAUUUCUAUGGCAGGGAUAAACAUAUUGUAACUUUUAUGGACAAUCUUUGCUUAGAGGAAGAGAUCUGUAACAUUCAGAAGAAGUAUGAAGAUCUUCAAAGGCAAUUAGGACAGAUGGAAUAUCAGAAUGAAGAACUUGCUUACCAGCUCACAAAAGAAGAUGAGAGUCUUCAGAGUAGUAAAUUGCAGCUUGAGGAGAAAAUUGCAGAAUAUAAUGCAUUAACUAGACAACUUGAAUCUGCUGUGGAAGAAGGGAAAAAAAUGGUAGCUGAAGAAUGGGAAAAAAUGUCAUACAAAGAACAAGUCUUUCAGACAAAACUGCUACUUCUUGAAGAUGAAGUGAGAAAGAGGCAAGAAGAAAAAAAACAUCUCCUCUUCUUAUUUCACCAUAAUGAAAAGCACUAUGAAGUACAUUUAAAAGAACUGGAGAACAGCCUACAGAAGUCAGUGAUCAAGAACCAGAUGAUCCAGAAUUAUGUGCAGUUUUUGAAAGAUGCAUAUGUAAUAAUGUUUAACUGACUUCUUUAAUCAAUUUUAUAGUAAAGAAACUCAUCAAGAUUUGGCUCCCAGUCUUGUCAGAGGCAAAGCUGUUGAGGCCAUACAUUAUUUUGACAGAUUAAAUUUUUUAAUGUUAAUUCUUCCCUAGGAAAACAUCUGUUGUGGGCAGGAGAAACAGGUCAGUCAUUGCUGUAUAUCCUGCUGGCUGGUCCCAGUGGGGAAUGGAGCUGAUGUUCCUGACAGAAACCAUUGUGUUAUCCAUAGCACAGCAAUGCAAAGGCCAAGUGCAUGACAGCAGCAGCAGGUGUAGGGUAUGCACACAGAA